AUGUCUUCAGAUAACGAUAUAGCAACGCGUGAUCCUAUUAAAGCAUCACCGCCUAGUGAGGAAGUUGAUAUAACCCUACCAAAAUAUUCUUGGUAUCAUGGAGUCUUUUUCAACGCCACAGUUGUCGGUAUUUCGGCAUUUGCGGCGCCAGGAUUAUGGAAUGCUAUGAACUCGGUUGGUGCUGGGGGACAGCAGACCCCGUAUCUUGUCAUGGCGGGCAAUGCUAUUCUAUUCGCCGUCAUGACGUUAACGUGCCUGGCUGGGAGCAUGAUGGCCAACCGAUUCGGCUUGCGAAACUCUCUAGUAGUCGGCACAGUUGGUUAUGUGAUCUACUCGGCAGCUCUAUACACCAAUAAUCGCUACGGUACGGAAUGGUUCAUAUACCUAGGCUCGGCAGUCUGCGGCCUCUCGGCAGGGAUUUUCUGGGCAACAGAAGGCACUAUUAUGCUGAGUUAUCCCGAACCAGAAAAACGUGGCAGGUACUUAGCUUAUUGGCUCAGUUAUCGCAACAGCGGUUCUAUACUCGGCGGUAUUAUCAACCUUGCCUUCAACUACGGAGGAAAGACGACAGGUAAACUCGACUGGAGAACCUAUAUCGUCUUUGUUGUCCUGCGUUAG